UCCUGAAGAAGGAGGGAUAUUUGUUGUCGGGCUGCCGUUGGUUUGAUUGAGCUUUCUUCAUGUUAACAUGUACAUUUGACCGUCGGUGAUAGCCGGUUGCGUCUCAACCGUUUUUUCCCCCCACGUUGGAUGUUCGUUGCCCGCGGUCGCACAACGGUUAACAAGCUGGCUGAACUUGGAGCCGCGUUUUAGGGUUAAAGCCAGCCAGCCACGCUAACGCUAGCCACUACCAGCGAUGCUGUGAGAGCCAGCGUCUGAAAAGGGCGUACGAGUUUGACGUUUUCUCCCCCAAGUCUCCUCACAUUUCUGAGUUUGGUACAACGCCGUCCUCUCCCCUCACAGCUAACCUGGCCCAGUCAACAUGGAGGGGACACACUUUGCAAGAGCAUGAAGACGACGACGAGCGGCCACUAAAGAGGAUUAAAUGCAACUCGGUCUUGAUGGGGAAAAGUUGAGAGCCGAGGAUUAACAACUUGGGAUAAACUGAAGAAAGGUUUCAAGUCUUACCUAUUGUACACGGGCAUGCUACAACCCCAGUGAUGGAGCCCACGGUUGUGAGUACGUCCACUCUGGCCCCUGAUGAGUUUGACAGGAACAUGCCACGGAUCUGCGGCGUGUGUGGUGACAAAGCCACCGGUUUCCACUUCAACGCCAUGACCUGUGAGGGCUGCAAGGGUUUUUUCAGGCGCAGUAUGAAGCGCAAGGCCACCUUCACGUGUCCCUUUAACGGCAGUUGCACCAUCACCAAGGACAACAGGCGCCACUGCCAGGCGUGCCGGCUGAAACGCUGUGUGGACAUUGGCAUGAUGAAAGAGUUCAUUCUGACAGAUGAGGAAGUGCAGAGGAAGAAGGACCUGAUUCAACGGAGGAAGGAGGAGGAGGCGCAGCGCGAAGCGGAGAGGGAGGCACGGCGGCCACGGCUCACCGAUGAGCAAAGUCAGGUCAUCGCCACCCUGGUGGAGGCACACCACAAAACAUAUGACGACUCCUACUCUGACUUCUGCCGCUUCAGGCCUCCUGUACGCGAAGGCCCGGUGACACGUAGCGCCAGCAGAGCUGCCUCUCUCCACUCUCUGUCUGAUGCCUCCUCCGACUCUUUCAGUCACUCUCCAGAGUCAGUCGACACCAAAAUGAACUUAAACAACCUGCUGAUGAUGUACCAGGAACAGGGCAGCAGCCCUGACUCCAGUGAGGAGGAGGGCUCCAGCUUCUCCAUGCUGCCUCACCUGGCAGACCUGGUCUCCUAUAGCAUCCAGAAGGUCAUUGGAUUUGCCAAGAUGAUCCCUGGGUUCAGGGAGUUGACUGCAGAGGACCAGAUUGCCCUACUCAAGUCCAGUGCCAUUGAGGUGAUCAUGCUGCGCUCAAAUCAGAGCUUCAACCUGGAGGACAUGUCCUGGAGCUGCGGUGCGCCUGACUUUAAAUACCAGAUCAGUGAUGUCACCAAAGCGGGCCACACUCUGGAGCUGUUGGAGCCGCUGGUGAAGUUCCAGGUGGGCCUGAAGAAGCUCAACCUGCACGAGGAGGAACAUGUGCUGCUGAUGGCCAUCUGCUUGCUUUCUCCAGACCGCCCAGGUGUGCAGGAUCAUGCACGGAUCGAAGCCCUCCAAGACCGCCUUUCAGAGACCCUGCAGGCCUACAUCCAGCUUCACCACCCAGGAGGACGGCUGCUCUACGCCAAGAUGAUCCAGAAGCUGGCCGACCUGCGCAGCCUCAACGAGGAGCACUCCAAACAGUACCGCUCGCUCUCCUUCCAGCCAGAGCACAGCAUGCAGCUCACUCCUCUGGUGUUGGAGGUGUUCGGCAGCGAAGUCUCCUAGAAGCCGCUUCUGAACCUCAGAGGGGCAGCGGAAGCUGGAGACGAGACCCCCGGGAGGUGGGGGGUGGGUAAAAAUGGAAGGAGGGAGCGGAGAAUGUGCCGGAUGGACUAAAUGGAGGUGUGAAGUACGAUGUGAGUGGAGGUGAGAAAGUGGUGUGUGUGUGAGUGUGUGUAUGUUUAUGUCUGUGUGUUGGGUGCAUGGUUUCAUGUGUGUCAUGUCUAAAGAAGUCUAUCUUGGCAUAAAGGCCAGGGUUGUAUGGAGAGCAAGCAGAUGUUAAGAGACACAGUAAACAAGGGAACUUCUUAUAAUACAAAUUAAACUAUACAUAUAAUUUCUGCCUAUAUACAGUGUUUUUGUCUGUAUUUAAAUCAACAAACAGCUGCUUCAAAUGCCAGGACAUUUUGUGUGUGUGUACAUGUCGUGCACACGCCAACACAACAAACAUACUCAGUUAUUCAUCUAGCCAUUCAGUUGAGCUACCUCUUGGUUUUACUGGGGUUGUUUUGUAUUUACAUCACCUAUGUGAAACAGUAACUUUUACACAGAACAAUUUAGAUACAGUACGGAUGACAUUUCAGUUUUAACGGUGCAAAAGCAGUGCCUGCACAUUACUUUGACGUUUUUGGAUGUUUCAGAAAUCCUGUAUUUUGUUUUUACAUCUGCUUCUCUCAAAGGCAGGAUAUGUAUAUGACUGUGUAUACAAUUCAAACACAUGCCUUUCAUCUUUCACCAAAGGUAUGGUCAACUACUUUCUCAAAAAGCUUCCAGUACCUAAAACAAAAAAAAAAAACAAAAAAAAGAAAAAAAAAAUAACCUUGCUGCUCCAUGGGUCGUCUCACGCAUGCAGCCUCUCGACAUGCUAACAAGUUGUCUGACUAGCCUCACAGCCUAUGAAGGAAAAUGUGGAUGUGUAGGUUUAUACUGCAGAGUAGAGAGCGUAGUCUGUAAUUUAGUCAGGUUUUGAGGAACUUGGGGUGCCUGGUUUUGAGGUGAGAAUUAGCCACUAAAUGUGUUAGCUACUUUUACACUGCUAACUGUCAAUCAAACUAAGCCUGCCGUAUGGCUUGUUACUCUCUUUUGAAAUUGAUUUUCAUUAUUCUUCGCUUUCGUUUAAUUGUUUAUUUCCUUGUAAAUAUUUAAUUGCUACCACAUGUAUUCUAAGCACUGUUAUACCACCUUUUACUCAAGCCUAUGUAUUGAUAUACAGUAUCUAUAUUAUCACAGAUUUUAAAGGGCUAAAAUGCCAAAUCUAACUGGAAUAGUAAAUUGAGGCCAAAGCAAGGGGCCUGUCUUGUUGAUAUAUAGCUGCAUACCUUACUUGGAAUUGGCAUAGAUACGGAUGUAAUUGCAAUGGUUGCUUUUGAUGUUGUUUUUUUACUUCACCUUUAAAAAAAAAAAAAAACAAUUCCAUGAAUUGUUCCUCCUCAGUACACAGUGAGCUCAGUGGGCGGAGAGCUUGGGAAGCUGCUUCAGACCUCCACAGAUAUCACACCCCUUUCAUUUCUGACUGGGAAGUGGAUUUUCUAGAAUGUCUUGAGGGCCUGGUUGUGGCGGUGGUGCGCACCUCUACACCCAGGCCCUCCUGUUUGAUGAUGUAUGCUGCGCAGCCCUCUAGUGGCUGCAUUGUGUAAAUACCAGGUAUAUAUAUAUAAAUGUAAUAUGUCCGUCGCUGUACAUAGGGCUACAUAGAUAUUUCUCAAGGCUAAUUUUUUCAAAACUAUAUAUGCAAAUACAAUAUUGACCCUUUUUUUGUUUUAGAUUCAUUGUCACAAUGUUCAAAGACAGUAUGCUCUUUGCUUUGACUUUGAUGUCAAAUCUUGAUGUUUUUGUUUUUUGUUUUUUUUUUAGAAAUGGAUUGCUUGUGUAUUUGACUUAGUCAGAUUAUUAUAUGUGUAGCGGUGGGCUGAUGUAUUUGACUAAUUUCCAAGGUUCAUUUUCAGAAAGAGGACGAGUUAAACAUACUGUGCUGCUCUCUAAUAUAAGCCAUAUAGAUCACCAAGCUAGUUACACACCUGAUGCAUUAUAGUACAUCAAAAUGAUGAGUCCAGAGCCUUGGAUAUUCUCAUUAUAUAAUCUACUAAACUCAUAUGCUAUUUUAUCAAUGGCUUUUGGAAGAUUAGCUUGUAUAUGAUAGGAACUCAUAUGCCUUCUCUCUGCUGUCAGUCAUCUUUGGCUUAUGCUUCCUCAGACAGCAUCUAAUGGCUUAUAAACCAAACUGCCAAGAGAAUUUAAAUGCUUUAGGUUUAGAAGCCAGUAAUGUAUGGCUUUUCUGCAUCUGGGAUUGUGGUAAAAUUAUAUGAGACAACAUGUCUGUUAUAUAAAGACAAUUCCCCAAAGCAAGCGAUAAGUCUAUCCCCUGCCAAGCCCUGAUGGUUUCACAAGAAGCAUCUUGGCUCAGAGGAAAUCAUUUGCAGAGAUGACACGAAGGUCUCAAACUUUCUUUUUGUCUUCUGUUUGCUGUGUGACAGAAGACAUCUGUUAAAACAGUUCCUGUGAUUGGCCAUUCAAGCUUCCUAUGUCAGACCUAGAGCUUCCCUCAUCUCAGCAGACCAGGGUUUACUCUGUGAUCUUAGAGGAAGAGAGGUGAGAGAGAAAGAGAGAGAAAGCAUAUGUUUGUCGAGCUCAACGUCUUCUCACAACUGCUUUGUGAGAAGUUGUGACAGUUGUUGCAUUAAUCUGUUCAGCCCACCUGGGUUUUGUUUUUUUGUUUUGUUUUUUUUAAUGUCCAUUCUCUGUCACUGUGUCUUUAUUCCAACUUUUCGCUCUCAGUCACUGUGACACUCUUCAAGCUGACAGUCGGGGGUUGGACACACAGAUGAUCUGCUUAGAACAGAAAGUUAAUAGUUUUUGGAUGUUUCUGUAUUCAUGAAAUCAUAAUAAGUUUGGUUUUCUUCCUGAGAAUCACAUGUCCCACAAAUUUCCCUGCUGUGAUUGAACUCAAAGGAGUCGAGGCUCGAGUGUCUUUAGGCAGUACCACUCAUAUGUAUAGUAUGUUAGUUUGAUGAGGGGUAUGAUGUGCUUGGUUACUGAACACUGACUUUUGAAGUUUCCAUGUUGAUUUUUCUCUGGAUACAUACUUCUGUAUGUAGAUAUUGGUUUGAUUUUGUUCUGUUAUCUUUUUGAGAUAGAGAUGCAGUGUUGAUUUGUGUAUGUUUAAUACAGUGGGAGGUUUGGUGAACAUGUAAGUGCCACGGGGAGAGCUCCCUCCACACAAGAACAGGGUAAAAGAGGAGUUGGCUCUUGGGAAUUUGAAAACUGAACAGGAAGAGUCUUGAGGAUGCAUCACAUAGUCGCUCAUUGAAAAAGUAGGUUUUUGUUAGUACCACAUAGCGUCAGGGGAAUUCUCAAUUUGGGUUUUGUCAUAAGAAGGGAACCCCCUGUUUCCCCUUCAAUGACUGAAUAUGUGAUUAAAUUACCCUUUUCCCCAUUUAAUUCCCUGCAUGACAUACUGUACGCAACGUGCAAAUACAGUUAAAUCUGAAUAUGGUGCAUCCCCAGAGUUUCCUGUUUGGUUUUACCAUGGUAGGCUGCUCAGAGUCCAUAAGUUUAAAACUGCAUCGUGGUUGUUGAAAUACUGGAACUUGAAAACCAUACUUCAGUGGAAAUCUACACUACAAAUUAGAUGGAUCCAUCUUUGUUGAGAUUUCCUCAAGAUUGGCGACUUAACACAGUAACAAUGCCUGCAAUACACAAGUUAUGGUACACUAUCACCAGCAAGCUUUACAGUUUAUCAUGUUAGUAGACAUUUUUGAAGUUUUUUGUAUAACUGUUGCCAUUACAAAUCCUGUCUGUAAAACAUGUAUAUCAUCCAUAGAAAACAGUUUGCCAUCUCCCAUGCGAAGGCUUUCAAGUCUUUAUUUUUUAUUAUUAUUUUUAUUUUUCUGUUCCUCCCAUUAGGACAGGGAUUGUAAUGGAAUCAACUUAAUGUAGUUCUUACAAAAAGGAGUGUCCACAAUGGAUGUACACCAUAAUCUACCUAAAAAACCUACCUCUCUUAGCUCAGAUUUUUUUCAGCAUUAAGCAUUUGCCUCUGUUUUUACUUUUGUAAUAUUUGUAUUCAUGUUGGUAUUUAUUGCUGUCUAAUGAGUCAUACUUCAAUGAUUACCUCAGAGAUAUCUCACAGAUUUGGGAGAGUCCAGCUAAUGAAGUCAUUCAUAGUUUUUUUUUUUUUUUUUUUUUUGUACAGUUUUUUCUUCUCAGACUUAGCAUUGCCUUUUUUUUUUUUCUUUUUUUUUUUUAACGCACAAAAUACCAGGAGUGUUUUUUAUUAUAGUGCCUGCACUCUGACCAACAGGGCUCAGACUGGCUAGGAUGAGGCUGCAUUUACUCCAGAAGUGACGUCCUUCUCUGCGUCUUUGUCCGCUCGCUCUGUCCUUUGGAUAUCUGUGUAGUUUUCAGCAACAGAAGCAAUUAAUCAUGUUGCCACGUUGCUGAUCUCUACCUUAUCUUUGUAGUUUUUGAGGGCAAACUGAAGAGGGAAACUUUUGUGGAGUGAAUGCAGCUGAGUAGAAGAAACAACCUGAAAGACUUUGCGGCAGUAGGAGAAACGAGAGGUGUGUAUGCGCUCCACUUGGUACUGUUAGCAUGGUCUUUGCUCUGUAGUGCGCCAUCCUUACCUUGUCUCUCUUAUUUGCCACGUCAUUUCCUCCAUAACCUCUCUGUGUCUUCACCUCUCCUUCUGUCCUAAAGUCUGCUCCCGCACCUUCAUCAUUCCCUGCCAGUGUUUGGUCAAACGAGGGGAAUUAGGAGGGGUGAAAUCCUCAGUAUCCAUGCAAUGCUGCUUUUAUCUCAAGCAUCACCAAGUUGUGCGUUAUUGACGCUACCCAACGUAGGCAUCAUCCAAAGUGUUGGCCCCCAGUGGCUCGACAAGCCUCAUUGGAAGAUUGUGUCUUUUGAAACGUACGCAACUUAGUGGUGCUUAUUAGGGGAAAAAAACAAAACAAAUUCCAUUCAGAACCGAGUAUCAUAUUAACGGAGCAACUACUCACUUUGGUGAAUUUAAACCAAGUUUUUUUUUUCUUUGUAUUCAUGUCAAACUGCUUCAGGUAAACACUGAAUGAAAUUAGAGAGUUUUUAUUGAUCAGUGAAUACUGAGGAACAAUGUCGCCAUGGUCACAUCUACCCUGAGCUGUGUGCCAUAACAUGACCCUUUUUAAUGCAGGGGAGGGUAUUAAUGAAGCUGGCUUCAGAUGUUCCCCAGCUUAAUUUGAAAUGCGAAGGAGUGUGAGUUUGGCUUCUUACUUAGUACUCUGUCAGCCAUGUUUAUUGAUUUUUUUUUUUCUAUGAGGAAUAAAAAUUUGAAUUUGGCAUUGAAUUCUAACCCUGCAUUGUGAACCCAAAUCAUGCCACAUUCAAUUAAAAAUGCCUGAACCAACAAAAGCACUUAAUGUAAUGUUUGUAACACAUGCAUACUGAUGAAUCUACUAGCCAUAAACUGCCUGUGUAGGUCAGCAUGAUAUGGCUGCAAUUAUCAACAAAAAAAAAAGUUAAGUCACCUAAAUUCUAAUGUAAUUGCAAUUUAUCUUUUGUCUCAUUUUUCAAAGAUCUUCUUUUUUCUAUUAUAAAUU